AUGUUCUGUAAUAUACUAAUAUAUUCCAUAUUAGUCUUUCAACUAGCUCAUCAGCACAUAUUUCAUAGUAAAAAUGAAAUAAAUAACAUUCUUGUACAUGAGGAUAAGAUAUUUGUUGCUAGCAUUAACAACUUGGCUAGCUUAUCGCUUGCCAACUUAACUGUCGUUCAUCAAGUUUCAACUGGCCCUGUUCGAGAUUCGCCUUUCUGUAAUUUUGAUGGAUCAAGUUGUCUACGAGAAGCUCGUCUGACAUCUACUGACAAUCACAACAAAAUUCUAGUUCAAUUCAACCAUAAUACUGAUUCACUCACAUUCUGUGGUUCAGUUAGGCAAGGAAUAUGUUCUGUUUACUCCACCAAAGAUUUGAGCUUAAUAUCAAGUGGAGAUGUAGCUGUGGCAGCUAAUCUGCCGUCAGCUUCUACUGUAGCAUUGACCUUAAACGAAAAUCUGAUUGUGGCAGCUUCACAUUCAACAGACAGUCCAUAUAGGGAUCCAUUUCCUAUAGUAUCUAUUCGCCAAUCGCCACAUUUUUACGUUGUAAAUGCUGGAGAUCUGGAAGGAGAGGGAGCAGUCUAUGAACGUGCUGAACAACGUUCAACUCAUUCCAUACGCUACAUCUCCAUAUUCCAACAUCAGCAUUUCGUUUAUUUGACCACCAUUGAAAAUUCUAGGAGUCGAACAACAAAGUUAGUCCGUUUCUGUGCUAAUGACACCAGAUUCGUCUCGUAUUCUGAAAUUGAACUACAAUGUCGCUCAGACGAUAACUACAAUUAUCCAUUCAUUACAAGUUCAACCAUAAAAGGAGACUCUCUGAUUGCCACAUUCACUGAUUCCACUUCUUCUAAAUCUGCCAUUUGUGUUUUUUCAAUGCAAAAAAUAAAAUUAACGUUUUGGUAUAAUAUCGACAGAUGUCGAAGUGGAACUGAUUCUAUCGGAUUACCUCAUAUAGGACGAGAUUCCAAAUGUACUAAUAAAUCAAGAGCUCCAUUAGAUGAAGAUACAUGUGAACUAGGAGUCGGAGGAUCAAUCGAAGCCGUUGAAAUGUCAUCUUAUACAAUAAAUGAUGUCAUAACGUCUGUAAAUAUGGCCGAACCAUCCAUUAUCCUUAUUGGGACAAUGAGCGGACAAGUUCUUUUGCUUCAAUGGAAAGACUCGCAUUUGGAAGCUUUCCGGGUAGAGAAAUCUAUGAUGGGUGGUGGAGAGGUUAAGAAAUUGCUGAUCACUGGCAAUGAUAUUCUUAUUCAACAGCCGAAAACUAUUUCGCUUCGUCCUUUAGCCCAUUGUAAUCAUUACACAAGUUGUUCAACUUGUAUUAAAGCUAAUGACCCAUUAUGUAAUUGGUGUUAUUCUACUGGAACAUGUACAACAUCCAAACAAUGUUCAUCAACUUUAACGAACGUUUGUCCUUCUCCAAAUGGUCUACCUGUUCCAAACUAUGUGUCGAUCAACGAAAGUCGAACCAUAUUCCUACCAGUUCGUAAUCUUCAACAGCCUGUUGAUUAUAACUAUCAAUGUGUGUUUGGUAAAAAGAAAGUCAAUGGCGUCUGGAAUGAGUUCGGGAUUUCCUGUACAUCGCCUAUUUGGAAAAAAACAUCGUCUGUCAAACAGGAUGUUGUUAUAUCUCUUCAGACUUCAACAAGCAAUUAUACAAUUCUUCAACACAAUUUUACUUAUUACGACUGUUCGCAAUUGAAAACAUGUUCGAGCUGUUCAAAAUCUCAAUGGAAAUGCCAUUGGUGUUCCGAAAGCAAUAGCUGCGCAUCUGAAAACACAUGUCUGGAGAACAAAUUCGUAGCCAAAUGUGCUAGUGUUCGGAGGGAGUCUGAUGAUUUGAUUAUUCCAAUUGGGAGAACUAACGAUAUUUCAAUUUCUUUUGAAAAUUUGGAGAGUCUGUCGAAAAACUCCAGCUUAUCAUGCCGAUUGAAGCUGAACGGAACUCUUUUUUCAUCUCAAGCUAAUAUUCAUGAAGAUGAUAAAGUAGUUUGUCGUCAAAUGGAGAUCCCGAAUAUUAAAUCCAAUACGAAUUUCUCGACUUCCUUGGAAAUACUGAACUUCAAUCAAAUUCUGGAUAAAACCAGAAUCCAUGUAUAUGAUUGCUCACACUUGGCUGCUGAUUGUUCAUCGUGUUCCGCACUGUCUCCCAUUUGGAAAUGCCAAUGGUGCAAUGGACGAUGCUCAAUUGAUUGUCCAACAACAAGCUUACAAACUAUUUGUGAUCGUCCGCAAAUCCUUAGUUUCUAUCCUAAUUCGGGACCGAUGGAAGGAGGAACUGUACUAACCAUAAAUGGAAAGGAUCUUGGGUCUUCUCUUGAAGAUGUGCAAGAUAGAGUUACAGUUGCUGGCAGUCGAUGCCAAGUUAUCCAUUACGUCAUUUCCAAACAAAUCGUUUGCAGACUUGAGAAAGGUAACUCUUCCGGUCCAAUUAGAAUAUCUAUUGGUAGAGCUUCAAAACGAACUGCUGAUUCCAAAGAAAGUUUCACCUUCGUUGAUGUCAAGCUUUUCUCGGUGUCACCCUUAUUUGCUCCGCUCUCGGGAGGAACAAAGCUGACCUUUUAUGGAACAAACUUGAAUGCUGGUUCCAAUGUUUCUAUAAACAUCGGAGAUAUCUCGUGUCCAAUAUAUGAGAGAAAUGCUUCUAAUACGAUCAUCUGCAUUGUGAAUGCUUCUCCCUACCCUCAAAAGAUAUCAGUGAUUUCAUUAGAAGUCGAUAAUCGGAAGUAUAUGCUCAAUACUCUAUUCCAAUUCCGCCCGGAUCCUAUUGUAAGCCAUGUAAGACCACUCGUAGCAUUCGAGUCCGGUGGAAAGCAUUUGAUUGUUGAGGGAAAUCAUUUGGACUCUGUUACUUCACCAAAAAUGUAUUAUCUCUCUUCUCUCACUGCUCCAUAUGAAAUAGUUUCGGAACUUUCUGAAUGUCAAGUUUUGAAUUCAACUAGAAUGUCAUGCUUGUCACCGAAACUCAAUAAGAAGCUUCCAUCCCCAAAAGAUUAUAAACGGCUCCCUAUAGGAUUCCUUAUGAACAAUGUGACUUCAGUUCAAAAUCUGGGGCAUAAAAUACAAAUGAAUAUUGUACUUGACCCAGAGUUUGUACCAUUUAAAGGAGUUCGCAUUCAUCACGGUGAUCAACCCUUGAUUCUGGAUGGAAAGUAUUUGAGUGAAGGAGCGGAGCCAAGUGAUUAUCGAAUUUUCAUUGGAACAGAACGAUGUUUUGUUACUCUGGUUGAUAUCAGACAGUUGGUCUGCAGUGCUCCUCUUCUUCAGCCAUCCCCAACUGACGAAAAUGGUCGUCAAACAGAAGAGAGCCCUUUGGUUGUUGUGCUUGUUGGAAAGCUUAGACAAGAGUUGGGCUACAUUCAAUACGCGAGUUCUUUGAAUACUGUACGGCUUUGGGUCCUAGUCGUAGCAUCACUAGCUGCUUUCACCCUGUUGAUCUUCAUGUUGAUCAUUUUCUGGAAAAAACGUCAAAAUGAUCAACAGAGAGAUUACAAGAAAAUUCAACUGCAGAUGGAGCAUUUGGAGAGUAAUGUACGGAAGGAGUGCAAACAGGCUUUUGCCGAACUUCAAACGUCUAUCUCAUUCACUGGUCCAGAAGAUUAUGGAAGCAUUGAUUAUCUUUCUUUCCGUGAGUAUAUUGUGAGAAUCCUUUGGAAUGAGGGUGGCCCCAUAACCAACCCCUCUUUGUAUUCCAUAACUCUACCUUUGACUCUCGCUCAGUUUGAUUCUCUCUUGAGUUCGAAACAUUUUGUUUUUGCAUUGGUCGAAUCUGCAGAAUCUGAUAGCUCAAUGAGUCCAUCGGAAAAGUCUGUGCUCUCAUCUCUUCUCAUCUCUGCUUUACUCCGGAACUUCCAUUACUGCACAGAAGUAAUCUUGGAUCUAUUAAGAGCACACAUUGCCAAGAUGGUUCAUGCAAACGAAUCUAAUCUGUUGUUCCGCAAAUCAGAAAGCUUAGUAGAGAAACUGUUUUCUAAAUGGUUAUCAAUUUGCUUGCAUGAGGACAUUCUUAUAUCUCAAGGAUCAGAGCUUUAUCGUCUGUACAAGGCGUUGAAAUAUCAAGUUGAGAAGGGACCAAUAGAUAUGAUAACUGGAAAUGCUCGUUAUACUAUAAAUGAAUCAAAGCUAUUACGAGAGAGUAUAGAAGCGACAACACUGGAUUGUCUUGUUAUGGACUUAUUCGGAAGAGGACCGUAUGUUGUCCGAGUUCAUUCAUGCGACUCUAUCACUCAAUUCAAAUUCAAAGUCUUGGAUGUCGUAUAUAAGGAUACUCCUUAUUCUCAGAGACCUUCUGUGCAACAGUUUGACCUUGAAUGGCAAUGUCCUAAAUCGGCCAAUGUGAUAAUGAAUGAUAUCGAGGGAUGUGAUAUCAUCAAGAGUCCCCAACGAUUGAAUACUCUAUCAUCAUACGGGAUUACUAACUCAAGCCUUUUCAUAAUGCAGUCCUCAAAAAUACGUAUUGAAGAAAACUUGAAAAAUGGUAUGAGUGAUAGUGGCCAAUGCUCGUGGUCUUCGCUUGAUCGUUCCUCAUCACCACUCUAUUCAUCCAAUUCAUUCUAUCAUCUGAUAAGUAAUUGUAAAACUAUUGAGAAGAAAAGGAAGAUUGAUGAAAGCAUACCGUCAUCUAUUCCAGAAGUUUAUCUGACACGACUUCUGACGAGCAAGGGCACAGUUCAAAAGUUCAUAGAUGACUUCUUUGAAUCAGUUCUCUUCCUAGAAACAUCUUCCUAUCCUGUUGUUCUCAAAUAUCUGUUUGAUUUCCUGGAUGAAGAAGCUGUACGAAAUGGAGUGGAUUCUGUCUUGUCUUACCAAUGGAAAAGCAAUUGCUAUAUUUUGAGACUGUGGGCAAAUCUUAUUAACAAUCCAAAAAUAUUAUUUGAUAUUGCUCCAAAUAUAUCUGUUGAUGCAAAUCUGACAGUCAUAGCUCAAACAUUAACUGAUUGCUUUUCCUACUUGGAGCCUAUUUUCGGAGCACAUGCCCCAUCGUCGAGACUUCUGUUCGCAAAAGAAGUAUCAAGGCUUCGACCAUUGGUGAUGGAUUUUUAUCGACGAGUUGAGUGUCAACCUACUGUAAACGAACGUACUCUUCAUACGCAAUUGAGUUCAAUUAGUCAGGAACUAAACAAAAGUGGAUCAACAGCAGCUCUCUCCGAGUUGUUAGCUUGGGUACGAGGAAAUGGAAUACGAUUAGUAGAAGUUCUGACAGAUGAUAAGGAAUGCUUACAGCAACGCUUACCUCAGCGUUUAUCUCAAAUAAUUAAUUUAUCAAUGGAUCAACAAACAGAACACAUAUAUUGUACUAUAUCAGAUGAUAUCUACCAGUGA